AUGACUAAUAGUCAGUUGGCACUGACUGAAGUGGAAGAACACAAAUUUCCCUGCCCAGUCUGCCUUGUACCAGGGGAUCAGCUUGUCAACCUUUCAACUGACUUCCCUCUUCGUACUUCUUCUGAGAUGGAAAGGAUUUAUCAGUCUACAAAGGAUCUCAAUAUUGGCCAGACAGAUGAAAUUCUCAAGGCUUUUGGCCUCCGAGAUGUUGAGGCAAUUUCUUGGGAUCGUCUCCAUGCAGAUCAUGGUGGUUUAUUCUCAGAUCACAUUUGGGAAGAAGUCAAAAUUGAUGCAAUUCCUCCUUGGAGUGGCUUGAACCACUUUAAUUCAAUUAUCAAGACAGGAGAAUUUUCAGAUGGUAGUAAAUAUGAAAACAUGUCAAAGGUAAAUGGAUUUGAAUCUCAUUUUCUCAAGAAUAAGUUUAACAGAGAGAAGAUCCUCAUUUUUUCCAUUCACAAUAUUUUCACAAAGGAUGGAUGUCCUCGUGGAUACCAGCUUCUCAAGCUCAUGUGCAGCUACCUUGAGCUUGACAUGUAUGCAUCUCUUACAGUUCACACAGAGACCACUAUUCAGAAUGGUCGAAAAGAGCUAUUAGUUUUUGAAAAAGAAGUUCAGAAAUAUAUGGAAUUAAACCCCAGUAAAUCUUGGUCAUUUCCAAAGGCACAUACCCACAAGCAUAUGUUCAAUGAUGUUCAACGAAAAGGGGCAACACAGAAUUACAAUACCAAGCCAAAUGAAAAGUGUCAUGGUGCCUUCAAUAACAGCUAUAAAUUUAUAACAAAUUUUAAAAAUGUUGCACCACAGAUUCUCAGGUUUGAUCAUGCUGAUUUAGUUGCAACCAUGAUACGAGAUGACAUUGACUAUCUUGAUCAAUCACUAUCACAAGCAAACAUAUCCUCUGAGGAUAGAGCAACAACAUGGAAAAUUAUUGGAACAGACCAUGUUUCUCUGGGUUCACCAUGCACACCAAUUUCAUUUUCCGAACUUGAGUGA